GGAAUGGCAGCGGACUUUGGGCUGUGCAGGGGGACGCGCAAGGACGGCCAGCGGUGCACCAUGCCCAUCAACAAGAGCGUCUGCGAGUACUGCCCCUACCAUGCGCAGGCGGCCCUCCGCGCCCUCUCGUCCAACCGCUCUGACAUGGCGGGAGCGAACCUGCUGCAGCGGCAGCUACUACCACAAGCGCGCGCAGCUCAAAAGCAAUUGGCAGGACCGUACGGCAGACCCGCAGCCGGGAUCAAUUCGCUCAUUAGCCGCCCGCCGCCACCGUCGACAUUUGGCGGCAAGGCGGGUGCGGCGAAGCAAGGCGCCGGAUCCCUUCGGGCGCCGUCCUUGCAUGCUGGGGGUGCUGAGGGUGCUGCUGCGACGGCGGUGGUAGCGGGUACAGGGGC